GUGAAUUAAUGCAUAUAACCUGUGUAUACCCGAUGGAGCGAGGGUGGGGUAGUCUCCGCAAUCUCACUUGGCCCAUCGCCUAGUGUUGUUGUUGUGUUGGAGUUUGAGACUCAGGAGCUCUCGGCGAUUCGUCCCGAUUUAAUCUGCUGCUGCUGUUGUUGUUGCGCCGCACCGGAGCUAUCCCGAAUUGGACGUAAGCUUUUCGGCAGCAAAUGAAGUGAUGUUGCUGCUGCUGCUACUUUUAAGCUUCAAUAGCCUUUUUUUCUCCACAACCAUGUGAAGAAGAUAAACAUAGAAGUUGACAGCAAAAAUCCGCGGCAUUCAGAGAUUCAAAGAUGUGUGGGAGGCAGAUGUUGCGACAGUGCCUCCUGCUGGUGGUUCUUGUGUCUUCUCUUGUGCUAGUUUGCGAAAGCAGUGAUGGUGACGAGCGCCCUAGUUACAGGGAAUGCGUAAAAGUCUGUGAACAGACUGGGUGUGUCGAUGGACAGUGCUACAACAGCUGCAACUUCCCUGUGAACGUCGACUUGGAGGGUAACAUUCUUCCUAAAAAGGCUCAGCUCAAUUCCCCCCAUGAGAAGUUCCUUGAGGAACCAUUGUACCUACGAUGGAAGAAGUGGGACUGCAUCAGUGAAUGCCGCUACCAAUGCAUGCUUCGUGAAGAAGCAGGUUCAGAAUUUCCGGUCAAGUAUCACGGCAAAUGGCCAUUUGUUCGCAUAUUUAGCUUGCAGGUCUGUAUUUUCAAUUUAUGCUUUUUUCGAUCACCUAAUCGAAUUGACAAUUAUUAUUAUUCCGUCAAUAGUACAGUCUUUCAUUCGAGGGAUAUGACCUUCACUGAGAUGCUGGACUAUUCAUCAGCUGUUGCUUUGAUUGGUUACUCUUUGAUGCUAGCUAUCAUUCGAACUUUAAACCUGCGAGCUGAAGCGCCUCGAGUGAUGGUGGCAGCCCCUAUAAUUGCCUUUAUCACCACUCAUAUUUUAUACCUCAAUCUUUAUAAAUUCGACUAUGGGUUGAAUAUGAUCGUCUGCGUGGUGAUAGGCGUUGCCCAACUUUUGAUAUGGUCAACGUGGGGGUUUAUCUCGAGACACCCAGCUCGUUUCAAACUCUGGGGUGUAGUAUUUGGAGCUGCUUUUGCUAUGCUCUUGGAAAUCUUCGACUUCCCACCUCUGUGGGGUAUUUUCGACGCCCACGCCAUGUGGCAUGCUGCUACUCUUCCCAUCACGUACUUGUGGUGGAGCUUCAUCAAGGACGAUGCUAUAUUCAGAACUGAAAUGCUGGUUAAGAAGAGCCAAUCAGCUUCAGACCCUUUUGCAGAAUCUGAGUCAAGGAAAACGCAGUAAGCUUUGUGGAAACGGCAGCAACCUUCAAAGUAGCUGGAACAGCACACUUUCGAUAAGCAGUUUGGAGUUCUUAUGUUGAGUGACGAAAUAAUUAUACCCUGGAUUGACUUGCAGUAAAGAUGCGGGCAGGCGUGGCAUGAUUGUGGUAAUGCUAUGGAACGAAGGGAUCUUGUCGUCGGCACUCUGCAGAUCGCCUCAUAAUCUACGCAAUACGUCAUCAUCUGCUGUUGUAGAUACUAGGCCAGCUUCCAGAUUGUUUUUUUUAGCACUGUCUAGUUGCAUUGAUUUAUUGAUUUUCCACUCCGUUCUGCCGGAUUUGGGGUAACAGUGCAACAUUCAAGUUGGUAGAAUUUUUCAGUUCAGAGUGCGUCUGAUCACCUGUGAUGGUUGUGGUGAUUUCGUAGUCUUUUUCCUCACGCCUUCUGUUUUUCCUCUUUUUCUCUUUCCCUCUUCCUCCGAGUGGGUCGAUCAGUAGUGGGACUAAUGUCCUCAAUAUUUUGAUAAGAACUCCCAUUUCGUGUAAAAUCAAUUCAAUUAUUGUUGUGAUUGUGGAUCAAUA